AUGUCCUCGAGCGCAACACGCCUCAAGGAUGAGGGAUCCAAGCUCCAGGUCGUCAUGGCCGGUGCGACAGCCGGCCUCGUCUCACGGUGA